ACCCUCCAAGAGCGUCGCCUAAGAAACAAGGCAGCGUCUGCUAAAUACCGCCAAAAGAAAAAUCAACAGCAAAAUGAAAUGAGACUCAUGAUUGGAAGAUUGUCUGAACAAAACGCUGUUCUUGAACGCCAACUACAAGAACUUCGAUUAGAGAAUGAUAGACUGAAAGCAACGACAGAUAAACUUAGAGGCAAGAUGGUUGCAAAGAAAAUGCUUAAGAAAUGGAUUGGUCGACAGGCUGCCGAGAUAAACGAUAACAAA